UUAGGUCACCUGCUUUGGUAACCAUAAAAGCCACUUUAUGGGCUGUUUUUAUCAACGAGAGGAUGACGGUUAUAAACAUGAGUAGCCCUCCGGUCGCUGAGUGUGAUGAGUUCGCCUUUCCAUCAUUGUUGCUUUACUCGCUACCGGAAACACAAAGUGUUUUUUUUUCUAACUCUGGCAACCAACUCUCUUUGCAUUACUCCUUCAAUCGGCGACCAGAAUAGGUUCGGUUGGGCAGCCUGUGCCACUAUUAUAACGGUUUUAAAAAGGUUCACACGUCUGUCAAUUCUGCAAAUAAAAUGAGAUGUGCCCGUUAAGCAUGGUGCCAUUUCUGUGUUUAGUGGUAGGACUUAUCGCGAAGGUUGCGAUGGCGAGAAGUUUCCUGGCGCCUAUACCUCUCGUGGCAGAGAUUUUGAACCUUAAAGAGUGCCAAGGAGUGCCCGACAACGCAAUGACAUUCUUCGGGCCAAACUCAAGCUCAAUGAGAGGCCGCGGAAACUACACUUUCAAUGCCAGUUUUAAUAUCACUCGGACUGUGAAGCGUAUAUCGGAGAUACGAGUGGAGAUGACUCGCUGUCGUGAUGUCGUAUCGAGCAACACGUGUGAGCAUUUUGGAAAUUGGAGAUUUCAGUCCGAUCCCUGCAAGGUGUGGAUGGACCCCGUGGCGCCAUGGGGAGGACUUGUCAAAUCAAUUGUUGAGGAUUAUACGUGCCCUACUCGAGUGGGAACGUAUCAUAUGCGUGACGCCGUACUUGAUAUGAAAGUACUUCAGGCCCUUCACCUUCCGCUAGAGGGAGCUGUAUGGCAAAACAAGGCGUUUUUUCUAGAAUCUUCCGGCAGUACGCAUUAUUGUUUCAAGGGCACUACCGUCUUCCGAAGAGUACGUGCAUAACAGAGAGGACGGCGGCCUGCGCACUGCAUUACAAGUUGCGAGCAGAUUAGAAAUGGAACUAUACAUACGCUCGACAAUGCUGUACGCCCUGCGCUGCCUCCAGAAGAAUGUAACAUCAGCUCCUAAGCAGGAAUAGAAGCCGCAGCAAACGUUGGCAGAAUUGGAAGCGGCUAUCAGGUUCUGGGCGUGUAUUGCAG